UCUCUCUCUCUCUCUCUCUCUCUCUCUACUGAGACUGUUGGUACUCAGUGUCUGCCUCUUAAAGGUCAGGUUAGGUUACACACACCUGCAAGUGAUACCACCUCAUAGAUAUCUUGCUCCUCAUGAAUUAUUACAGAUCUUGCAAGCUGUAGUGAGCAUGUGUAUCCAGCCCUGCUGCUGGCAGGUAAAGCAGUCAGUAAGCAAUAGAGUUAGGAUGGACAUCUCUGUUCUGCCCAACAACAACCACCCAGAGAAGUUCCUCCAGCUGGAUGUUGGGAUGCUGCCGGCCACAUAUGGCAUGUUCCAAGUCGGCGCACUCAUGUCCAGUCAGCGACAAUGGCAGAACAGGGUCUACUCGCAGAAGGAGCAAAGGGGAAAGACUGAAGUGAGAUCUCCACCGUCCCCAGAGGGCAGUCCUGUGAUGUUUGUAGACAGAUAUCUGGAGAAGCACAUCACUCCAGUCACUCUGAAGUCUAACAUUAAAAGGAACCCACUGUAUAUGGACAUAAAAUCGAUGGACGCAGAGAACAAUGAGAAGUCCAAGCCUUCAUGGACUGUCAAGGAGUACGACACACAAACAAUCCAUGGCAACUUGGCAGAUUAUUUAAAGGAGGAAGAGAAGACUCCCAAAGAUCUGGAAUUUUGGAUUGAAGAUCUCUACACACCAGGAUUUGACUCUUUACUGAAAAGGAAAGAAGCAGAACAUAAAAGAAAAAGACUUAAAAUUCUUUCCCUAGUCGUUCUGUCUGUUUGCUCGUUUCUGAUUCUUAUCAUUGUGCCAGUUGUGGUUCUACAAAAGAAAGAUUGACAAAUGAGGGCACUGCUGUUGUAUAGUUCAUCUUAAAGAACCUCAUUUCUUCUUAGGUUGUGACUGUAGUCUUUAUUUUGGCAGAGAACUAGAAGUAGAAAACUGGCCAGAGUCAACAACAUACAAGUAUAAGGGACAGUCACGUGGGACUACUGAAGAAAAAACAUUUAACAACACCAAUCUGCUCCAACAGCAGAAUGUAUUCACAACUUAGCUAAAUCAUCUCCCCAACGUUAUUAUUAGGUGUCAUUAAUAUAAGUGUGAAUAGUACUGGGAAAUGCAGUGUGGUAGGUAAGUCAUUUAUCAGUGUAAUUGCUGUGACUGAAACAAAAGAUGCUAAGUAAGGCAUUGGUUAUGGCAGUAAGGUGAGAGGGGCUUCAGUACCAGAAUUAACCCUUGUGCCAUCUGCGUUUGCCAAAUUGCAGGCUUUGUUGCAGAGGAUGAUGUAGAAAAUAACUCAAUCUAGUGGCAGUUUGUUGACUCUGUGACAAAUCUGACUAGCAGAAAGAUGUGUCUUGUUUGACCUGAAGACAAAUCUGAAAAUAAAAUCAAGUUUCAGAGAUGCAUUUGGCCGUUUUUCUUCAAGGCUUACAGAGUGAAUCUAGCCAAGUUGGAGCUGCAGACAGUGCACUGAUCUUUACUUUUCUGUUACUACCAGCAGAACUGUGAUCAUCAAGCACUUAAUUUCCUGAUUUGGUAAAUUUUCACCAAUGUGCACCUUUCAGUAUGUAGGUCAUUUUCUCUCAUAUAGUAUAGUCAACACAGACAAUGACAACAUUUUCAUAAUUUUGCCUCAACACCAUCCCAAUGGAUUUAAAAAGAAUCAAUGAAGAUGUGGUUGACUUACCUUUUUAAUUCAAGGAGUUUAACCAAAAUACCCUCUUUUUUUAUUUACAGGUAAUUGUACAAAUUAACAUAAUUGUAAAUAUAAGGAUUCUUUUUAAUGCUUUGAUGUAAAUUCUGAAGUGUGGAACCUCUGAACAUUAUCAAAUGCUGCGUUUCCUCCUUUGAGAUACUUUUCCAGGCUUUCCUGCAAACAUCUUGAGAUGGUAAUGGACCAUGAUAGAUGUGGGAAUGUUCUUUUGAGAAAGUAAAUGUUAAGGGAAUGGUCAUAUUCUGCUUCGGGCUUCAAUUGAUAUAAUGUUUUGGCUUUUUGUACUUGUGUGGAGUUUUUCUGUUUUUUCAGACAGUUGUUGGGUACUGUUAGCAGACUCAAUUCCUAAGCUAAUAUUAGUUUGUGUUCCAUACUGUUGGCACUUUAGGGGGCAGGAAAAAAGGCAUUGAGGAAGGGCACAUGGAUAAACUAAACUUAAACCUAAACUUCACAUCCUGUAGAAAAUAAAAGCUUAAGAUUAGUCCUCUGAACAGUAAUGGUCCUUGAUAUCAAGCUACUUGGCAUUGCAGAAUAAACAACUUUAA